AGAUGUCCCUUGUUUAUUUGAAGGCACUCAUGUGCAUUUGGGGAAUAUUUUGGAAUGUCCUUAUUGUGGCGGCGAUCUUGAAAGACCGCGUUCUUCGUAAUUCCUCAACGUUCUUGUUGCUCUCCUUACAUUUUGUUGCAUGUACUGUUGAUGUUGGUUCAAGAUUGGUAUUUGAUGUUCCAUCAGAGAUUUUGAAUCGGCCAUUAUUUCGACUUUCAGUCAAUUACGAUGACUUUCCAACCAAGCUCUUUCAUUUCACAACGUACUCCUGCUGGUUCAUCCAACUCUACUCGUUGAUUGCAAUCGCUGGCUCCCACAUCCUCGCAGUUUAUGGAACUCUGUACUAUGCGCGCUUUACUCAGAAAAAGACAAUUUUUGCUAUCAUCGGAAUCGUCUUUUUAUCCAUGCUGUCUGUGUGCUACUUAUGGUCUCCAGAGUUUCCAAUUAUUUUCCAUCCCGAGUUUUGGGGUUGGACGGAAGAACGAAACAAACCUCUGGUUAACUUUUUCUUUUAUCUUAACUAUGUUGUACAGGGAAUUGUUUUCUUUUGCUUGGGUCUCACUGAUAUUCUUAUUGUUUACAAACUCAGCACAAUCAAGGAAUCGGUCUUUUCAAAUGAGAAAAGCGCCACCGUCGCACCAGCAGAAAUGAUGCAAAAGAUGCAGGUGUCGGUGGUGAAUAGCGGAAACAUGAUGGCUCCCCGGAAGACUUCACGGGUCUCAACCGAACUCAAAGUCUCUAUAAACUUCAUCAUCGUAUCAAUGUUUCUUCUUGUUCAGACGCUCAUCUACAAUAUUUGUACACUAUACGAAGACAACAACCUUUGUCUGUUCCUACUAUUCAUUGCACCAAUUUUCCGUGGAAGUAAAUGCCUUGCCUACAUGGUCUCCGGAAGUGCACUUCGUAACGCAAUUGUCAACCUGAUUCUUUGCCGAAAGAAAUUUUAAACUUUGAAUCUCAAUUUAUUAUAAUAAUUGCUAAUUUAUUUUUUAUUCAAUUCAAUAUCUCUUUUUCUACGCUCAUUUCAAUCUCAUCCAAAAGUAUACUUUACUAAAUGAAGCUGAAAAU